GGGAAGGAGGUUAAUAUUUUUCAUAGCAUACAUACUGUACGUACCUUCCGACUUGGCGAGUUUACCUGCAACAUCAUACGACUAUUUAUUUGUUUGCCUUGAUUCUUUCCCCAUACCAAGCGGCCCGAGCCCCACCAAUUACACAAUCCCAAGAACAGGUAGGGUUCCGGUCUUACUGCCUUAGAUAAAAGACCCUGCCCCAUGGAUCCGAAUUCAAAGACCAUACCAUCAUCGGCAGCACCGCCAGAGAAAAAUAGAGGAGAAGUCAUGGCUGAACAUCGUCUCAAGACAUCUGUCGCCAUUAUCGGUUGUGGCGACGUUGGCUCCACGCUCGCGUAUACUUUGGUGUUACAACCCAUCUGUAGCGAGGUCAUCCUUGUAGAUCCGAAGGAGGAUCUUCUUCAAGCUCAAGUCCGAGAUCUCGGCGAUGCAACAUAUCGCGGGCAGACUGGAGCGCGUGUGAGGGCUGGCACUCACAAGGAUGCCGGCCAGGCUGAUAUCGUGGUGAUAACAGCGGGCGCGAAACAGAAGAUUGGCGAAUCUCGUCUUUCUCUGCUCUCGCGGAAUCUGCACAUUCUUUCUUCGAUCUUCCAGGCCAUGUCGCCAAUCAAUCCAAAUACGAUUCUUCUGCUGGUUGCCAAUCCCGUAGACAUCUUGACGUACUUCGCCCGCAAGCUUUCCGGCCUACCCGAAUCUCAGGUCCUGGGAACUGGCACCACUCUGGAUUCGGCUCGUUUGCGAGGUAUCUUAGCGCAGAAGGCGGAUGUGGCUCCUAAUUCGAUCGAUGCCUAUGUGUUGGGUGAGCAUGGAGACAGUCAGUUUAUUGCAUGGUCUAGCUGCACCAUCGGCACCUCUCCGUUACGUCUUGCACUUCCCCAGGUUUCGGAUCCAGCUUUCAAGAAAGAUAUCGCGGAUCACACGCGGGGAGCCGCCGCUGCCAUUAUUGCAGCUAAAGGAUGCACCGCCUAUGGGAUUGGUAUGGUAGCGGCUAGUAUCUGCAAGUACAUCCUAUUCGAUUCCCGUACCGUACGUCCACUGUCGUUCUACCAGCCAGAACUUGGCUGUUGCUUGAGCAUGCCGGCCGUCAUUGGACGCAAGGGAAUCAUCAAGAAAAUGCCUAUUGAACUUGAUGAGAGCGAGCAGAAAAACUUGGAAGAAUGUGCAGGCAACCUGAGAGCAGUGAUUGACGGCGCUGAGAAGGAGAUGAUGGCCGAUGAGCAGUUGCGAAAGGCCCUGGAGGCUGACAAGGGAAGUUGAACAGUUGCCCGUACGGUUCCGCACAUGGUCCCGCACAGUGAUACCGGGAAGGGAAAUGAUAAGAUCAUUGUGUACGAUUGGAAGAAAUGAACGCUUAUGGAAAUUCGAAGCAGCAAAUUAGAGCAAGGUUCUCAUGGUUGUGUAGUGUAUCGGAACCUCUACCGAUAGCAUAUAACGAUAAGUUUACAAUAUCAGCGACAAUUCUUGACUUGA